GACUCCGACGACGACGUCCAGAGCGACGACGACGACGAUUGAAAAUCGCGAAACGAAACAAGCAACGGAAAGCGGAAAAGCCCACGAUCCGACCACCGACAAAGGACGAAGUGACGAAAUAGUGGUUGGUGUGGUUGGCCUCCGCUUCUGGGAGAGUCCGUUCUUUCCGUUUUCUUUUUGCUGCUAAAGCCCAACAGAGCCCAACGCCAUCACCCGUUUGGCCACCGAGUGAGUGGGAAAACGGUGGCGCAGAAAAGCGAAGUGAAAACCCGCAAUCGGUGCCGUUGGGGUGCCCGGGUGACAUCACGGGGCAGGCACGCAGCAGCGGCGCUGCUGACUCUUGGAUCCCCGUCAUUGUGUGUGUGGCACGGUGUGUGUGUGUACCCGUCGUGACCAAUAGAAGUGGAGUGGAACCGUGUGGACCACACGGACGGGGUCGUUCUCCGCCGCAGUUGCCAGUAAUACAGACACAUACACGCGCAAGGGAGGCCCUACACACGCGCACGUGUGCAUGUGCGGUUGGAUAGAACGGACACGCACACCGAGCAGUAGCAGCAGCAGUGCCGAGCACCGAGGCCGCCCGUGAUCUAGGUUAGGUUUCUAGGCAGGCGAAUUCCGAUAUAGUAGUAGGCCCGCCCGUGACAGUGGUGCGAACCAACGCCUGGCGCGGCCCGUUAGUGGUGGUGUAUGUGGUGAGGAUCGUGUAUGUGUGUGUGUGUGGUGUGGUUCCCGGUAUGGUCCAGUGCGAUCGGUAUCGCGCCAUCUGCAGUCGUUCCUCCGUUGUCCAGCUAUUGCGAUGAGUCGGCCAGCUCCGGUCCUGCUGCAUUACGAUCAUUCUAACGUUGACGGUUACAACAGCAGUGGCGCCAUCACGGCCCCCGAGCCGAGCGGAGCCGAGCGGAUAGCCUCCAUAGCUUCUUAUUACUACCACCACUACUACGACUACCAGCAGCCUUACUACCACUGGUGCGCGGAUUAUCAGCAGCCCCUGGGCGAUCGACGACGUCGUCGACCGAGCGACGGCGGGCGGCGGGCGUUCCCGAGCAGCACCAGCGCCACCAGGAUCUGGAGGACUGGCGAGGAUCACUGAAAAGAAAUGAAAGAUGGCGCACACGGCAGCAAUGCAGGCGGGCGGCGGUUCGACCGCGGCGGCCGCCCGUGCCGAUAGUGCGCACGUCGCCGGCGGUCGCUACGACUUCGAAGACGGCGGAACGUUCUGUGGCGGCUGGGAGGACAACAAGGCCCACGGCCACGGCGUUUGUACGGGUCCAAAGAACAAGGGCGCCUACUCUGGCGCGUGGCAUUACGGUUUCGAGGUAUCGGGGAUUUAUUGUUGGCCCAGUGGAUCUACCUACGAGGGACACUGGCAAAACGGAAAAAGACAUGGGCUGGGUAUCGAAGUUCGAGGCAGAUGGGUGUACAGGGGCGAGUGGACACAAGGUUUCAAGGGCCGGUACGGCGUGCGGCAGAGCGCGUCAUCGACGGCCCGGUACGAGGGCACCUGGGCCAACGGGCUGCAAGAUGGCUACGGGUCGGAAACGUAUGCCGACGGAGGAAGCUAUCAGGGGCAGUGGCAACGAGGCAUGCGGCACGGGUACGGUGUCCGGACGUCGGCCCCGUUCGGAAUGGCGGCCCGGUUUCGGCCGAAGUCGGUGCGCGUGUCGAUGACGUCGCUGCGGAGCACGGACGGUGGCAACCAGGCGCCGACACCGGAUCCGGGCGAGAAGCGCAACCACCGGAUCGACGACUCGCGCGGCGGCUUCGUGCUGAAAGCCAAAUCCGACGAGACGCCGGUCCGACGGAACAGCUUAGUGGAGAAGACGAAGAAAGGGCUUUUAUCGGGACUCAAAAUUAGGAAACAAAAGAGCACGGGAGACUUGGAGAAGCGCGGUACGGGCACGGGUAGCAUUCGGUCCACGGCAUCGACCGCCUCCUGGUUGAGCACGGAAUCAUCGCAAUCGGGAAUGACCAAUAAGACAAUGCAUACGGAUUCCAACGCAAGCUUUAUAGUAGAGGACGAGCAGCUGGACGCUAGCGCGGUAGAGACGUAUAUGGGCGAGUGGAAGAAUGACAAACGCUGUGGCUACGGUAUUUCGGAGCGUAGCGAUGGUUUAAAGUACGAGGGCGAGUGGUACGCGAACAAAAAGUACGGCUACGGUGUGACCACGUUCAAGGACGGCACCAAGGAGGAGGGCAAAUACAAGAACAACGUGCUGAUCACGAGCCAGAAGAAGAAGCACCUGUUCCUGAUCCGCUCGGCCAAGUUCCGCGAGCGGAUAGACGCGGCGGUCGACUCGGCGCAGCGCUCGUCCAAGUACGCGCUCCAGAAGGCGGACAUUGCGAUCUCGCGCACCGCCACGGCCCGCGGUAAGGCGGAGCUGGCGGACGUGGCAGCCGACGAGGCGCGGGCCGAGUCGGACCUGGCGAUCCGGAUCGCGCGCGACUUCGCGCCCGACUUCAACCCGUCGCUACUGGAGCGGUUCGAUCGGUUGCGGCGCCAGCGGAACGCCUUCCCACUGCCGGACAGUGUGGCGGCGGCCAGCAACCCCGGCCGCACGGACUACGCGAUGCAGCACAACCACCAGCCGUCCCAGCCCCAGCACCACCACCACCACAGUGCCACCCAAGCCGCCGCCGCCGCCAAGAAGGAGGUCGAGCUGGCGAACAUGAAGAACGCGCUCAACAGUCCGUUCGGUGCGACGGGCCCCGCGGCCCAGCAGCGUGGCUCCGGCCUUGCCAACUACUACGACCCAAAGGGACCAGCGACAGUGGGAGCGGGAGCGAUGUCGGCCGCCGCCAUCGGCGGUGGGCACUACGGGCUCGGAAUGGACGAGGGACUACCGUCGGCCGGGUACAGGCAGGCAAACGUCGCAUCAGCCGCCGCCGCCGCCGGUGGCCAGUACGGUGGCGCCGGGUACGGGUACGGUGCCAACGCGCACCCGAUGAAGUCCCCCCCGAUGGGGACGGGCCGGGACGAUGUGAUGCUGGGUGGAGGUCCGUCCGCGGUGAGUCCGCGAAGAAACUCCACACUCCAGCAGCAGCAGCAACAGCAGGCGGCCAUGUACGACUCGAAGCCGAUGAAUUCGAUCGGCGGUGGCGGUGGCCGCACGGUACCGUCGCUCGGGGCCAUCGGGAGCCAGUCGUCGAUCGACUAUUUCGACCACUACAAGCGGCCACCGAGCCGGGAUGGGUCGGUCGAUCGGUACACGCGAGCCGCCAACAAACUGGGCGGCGGUUCGUCGCGCCCCCCGUCAGUGGAGAAGACGGGCCUGGGCGGGUACGCGGCGGCGGCGGCCGAUGGCCAGGAGGCGAUGGCGGCCGAACGCCUCAGCACGCUGCGCCGCAGCUCCCAGCUACAGUCGGGCGCGGCGGCAGUGAACGGUUCCGUCCCGUCGGCUUCGGCCGGCAUCGGCAACGGCAGUGUGCGGCCCGGGUCCCGCGCCACCACUCCGUUGCACCACCAGCGUGCGGCAACACCACUGCAGGAUGGCUUCGGCCACCAGCCGCAACCUUUCGAGGAUGUACUGCUGCGACAGCGCACCCUCGGCCAGGACAUCAUCCCGUCGAUGACGCAACCGAAGCGCACCGAGAGCCUCUACCUGUCGAAACCGGCUGUCAACAGUAUGCCGAUGGGUGGUGGCGGUGGAGGAGGCGGUGGUGGUGGCGGUGGCGGAGGUGGCAUGCGAUCGAGAGGAGGCGGUGGUGGCGGUGGAGGAGGAGGAGGAGGCGGAAACGGAAUGUUCAGUAGGGAGCCUAAGAGAAAUCGGAAGCAGCGAAGAGAAGAUAGAAACAUGCAGUGGCAACAGGAAGUGGACGAUGAGGACCUCAUGUACUCGCCAGCGCUGCUGGCCCGGCGAGCCUCCGAAAGCUGGAUCGAGUUUCCACCGGUUGAGAGUAUUCCAGUAAAUGCAACCCUGCAAAGGAAGAAAUCAUUACCAGAUGUACAACAGCUACCGUUCUCGACCGGUGCCAUGAGCCGGGAGGAAGUGUCGGUCCUUGGCUCGGCCCGCCGCGAAGAGGUCCGGCGACUGAAGGAUGAGCAGGAGCGCUUACGAGUUAAUCCACUGUUGUAUCUGGUCAGUCCACAAGUGAAGGAUUGGUUCUCGCGCCAGCAACUGGUCAUGCUAGUGCUGAUCGUCAAUAUUGCCUUGGCUAUUUUAUUCUUUAAAAUACUCACAUAGCGUUGGCUCAGCCCAUGUUUGCAUUUCAGCAUGUUUCUAAGAAAGGUGACACUACUAGAAUAGCCGAACGCGCAGGAAUGAAGAUAAUACUUAAACGAACAUUAUGGGAUAACUUUUGUCGCGGCGAGGCACACACAAACACACAUGUACACAGGCAGACAAACACACACACACAACACAUCCACACCUACAGACGUUUUUGGCGCCCGCUGCAUCCUUGCACCAGUUGGCCAGUUUAAGUAGCGGAAUUGUCGGCAACAGCGGAGGCAAUUCGGAAGUUCCGGAGUCCAGCAGGAAGGGCGAGGAUAGAGGGCAAUUUUUGAACGACCGGGCAAAGGGAAGCGAGAGACAGAGGGCGCGCACGAGUAAGAGAGAGAGAUGUUAAAGUGAGGCAAUCAGUGAGCUGCGGGGCUGUGCGGGUCCAUCACGGCAGCGAAGCAUCGAACGGGGCUCGCGGCCGAUCAAGAAUUAGAACACACAAGUGUUUAACUUUGUGCAUCAAUCAUCAAUCUUCGCAAUUACGAUCCAUCCUUUACCUACGUAACACUAUUUAGAAGCGGGAACGAGGCGGAGAAUUUGGAAGAAAUUUGUGUGCGGUGGGAUACACGUACUAGUUCUACGUGAUAUGCCCCGUAAUUGUGAAAAGGGAGAAUCAAAACAGAAUAGAAAACAAACAACAAAAAAAACGCAUACAAAUGUAGAAAACACAAACAAACAAGUGAUUGUGAUUGGUGCGAUUGUGGAACUUGGAAGGGGAAAAUCAAAUGAACCAAACCCAUUUCAAGUUCUGAAGCAAAAACAAAACGGAAACAAAAAUUUGAAGCAUCAAAUGCAAAUAAAACGGAUUAGUAAAAUUUCGAGCGAACGAAGGAGGAGACUUAGAAAAAACAGAAAGUAAACAAGGGACAGGAGAAAAAGAGAGAGAAAAUUAUAUAGGAAAGUUAUAAUAAUACUAAAUCAAAAAGAACAGAAAAACAAGAAAAUAGCUAAAAAAGAUUCACAAAACUAUAAAAAAGCAGCAGAGAGAAGGCGAGAGAGAGAGAGAGAAACGUGCAGAAAUGCGAAAGCCAAAUCUUACGACAACUUUGUUAACAUAAUUUUUAGCAGAUCGUCUAAAGCGUAAGAGGGAGGGAAGCCGGGAGCGGAAAUCGAGUCCACUUUCAUUAGUUCUUUCUUUUCCCAAACACCACAGGACUAUUCAAAUUUGCUUAAGGUCAAGCUCUUAAGAUUCUAAUAAACAGAAAAAGUAUGUUG